CACACGGAGAAAGGGAUGGAGGAGCCCUUCUGCGCAUGCGCGGCGGUGACAGCGGCGCGAGCCUCGCUUCUUGGCUUUGACAGCUCCAGCGUCGCUGGCCUUUUCCGUCGGAUUUCGGCGACGCCCUUCGUGGCUGUUGGUGAGGGAGGGAGGAGGAGGAGGCCCCUUAGCGACGCCUUCUCCCCCGAUGGGCCUUUGCCUGGCCCCGGCGCCAUGGCGGCCCUUUACCAGAGCUCGGACCCGUCGGCCUCGGCCUCCCCGAACAAGCUGCUGGCGCUGAAGGAUGUCCGGCAAGUGAAGGAGGAGACCACCCUGGACGAGAAGCUCUUCCUCCUCGCCUGCGACAAAGGUGAUUAUUACAUGGUGAAGAAACUUUUGGAAGAGAAUUGCGCUGGUGAUAUGAACAUAAAUUGUGUAGAUGUCCUAGGAAGAAAUGCUGUUACUAUAACUAUUGAAAAUGAGAAUCUAGAUAUACUACAGCUUCUUCUGGACUAUGGUUGCCAGUCCACAGAUGCACUUUUGGUGGCGAUUGACUCAGAAGUUGUGGGAGCUGUGGAUAUACUACUUAAUCAUCGACCAAAACGAACCAGUAGACCAACAAUUGUUAAAUUAAUGGAACGUAUUCAAAAUCCAGAAUACUCAACAACCAUGGAUGUGGCACCUGUUAUUUUAGCGGCUCACCGUAAUAACUAUGAAAUCCUUACUAUGCUGUUAAAACAGGAUGUGUCGUUACCAAAACCACAUGCUGUGGGCUGUGAAUGCACGCUGUGUACAGCCAAGAACAAAAAAGAUAGCUUACGGCACUCCAGGUUACUAUUCCGUCUUGAUAUUUAUCGAUGUUUGGCCAGUCCUGCCUUGAUAAUGCUGACAGAAGAGGAUCCAAUUUUGAGAGCUUUUGAACUUAGUGCGGAUUUAAGAGAACUAAGUCUCGUAGAAGUUGAAUUCAGAAAUGAUUACGAUGAGUUAGCCCAGCAAUGUAAAACAUUUGCUAAAGAUUUGCUUGCCCAAGCACGGAAUUCUCGGGAACUUGAAGUUAUUCUAAACCAUACGGCAAGUGAUGAGCAUGUGGAUAAAAGGGGACUGUUAGAAGAAAGAAUGAACUUGAGUCGGUUAAAGCUUGCUAUUAGGUAUAAUCAAAAGGAGUUCGUUUCUCAGUCUAAUUGCCAACAAUUUCUCAAUACUGUUUGGUUUGGACAAAUGGCUGGUUACCGUCGCAAACACACAUUCAAGAAGAUUUUGACUGUCUUAACGGUUGGCCUCUUUUGGCCACUGCUAUCUUUUUGUUAUUUAUUGGCCCCCAAAUCUCGAAUAGGCCGAAUAAUUCACACUCCUUUUAUGAAGUUCAUUAUUCAUGGAGCAUCAUAUUUCACUUUUCUGCUGUUACUUAACUUGUACUCGGUUGUCUACAAUGAAGAUAAAAAAAACACAAUGGGGCCAGCUUUGGAGAGAAUAGACUACCUUUUAAUACUCUGGCUCAUUGGAAUGGUAUGGUCAGAUGUUAAAAGACUCUGGUAUGAGGGCUUAGAAGACUUUUUGGAUGAAUCCCGAAAUCAGCUUAGUUUUGUCAUGAAUUCACUCUAUUUUGCAACUUUUGCCCUGAAAGUUGUUGCACAUAACAAGUUUCAUGAUUUUGCUGAGAGGAAAGAUUGGGAUGCCUUCCAUCCUACACUCGUGGCAGAAGGUCUUUUUGCUUUUGCUAAUGUUCUGAGUUAUCUUCGACUUUUCUUCAUGUAUACAACAAGCUCUGUCCUCGGACCACUUCAGAUUUCAAUGGGGCAGAUGUUGCAAGACUUUGGAAAAUUUCUUGGAAUGUUUCUUCUCGUGUUGUUUUCAUUCACAAUUGGGUUGACCCAACUCUAUGAUAAAGGUUUCACUGUGAAUGAAGAGAAGGACUGUGCUGGAAUCUUCUGUGAGCGACAAAGCAACGACACUUUCCAUUCGUUCAUUGGAACUUGCUUUGCCCUAUUCUGGUAUAUAUUUUCACUUGCACAUGUAGCUGUAUUUGUCACCAGAUUUAGUUAUGGUGAAGAAUUGCAGUCGUUUGUGGGUGCUGUUAUUGUUGGCACAUAUAACAUUGUAGUUGUGAUUGUCCUCACCAAGCUCCUUGUGGCGAUGCUUCAUAAAAGCUUUCAGCUGAUAGCAAAUCAUGAAGAUAAAGAAUGGAAAUUUGCUCGUGCCAAACUAUGGCUUAGCUAUUUUGAUGACAAAUGCACACUACCUCCACCUUUUAAUAUCGUUCCCUCUCCUAAGACUAUUUGCUGUCUAUUUAAUAGCCUCAGUAAGUGGAUCUGUUCUCAUACAUCAUCUGGUAAAGUUAAACGGCAAAAUAGCUUAAAGGAGUGGAAAAAUCUGAAGCAAAAGAGGAAUGAGAAUUACCAGAAGGUGAUGUGUUGCUUAGUGCAUCGCUACCUGACGUCUAUGAGACAAAGAAUGCAAAGUACUGAUCAGGCAACUGUAGAAAACCUCAAUGAACUACGGCAAGACCUAUCAAAAUUUCGAAAUGAAAUGAGAGACUUGCUUGGCUUCCGGACUUCAAAAUAUGCCAUAUUUUAUCAAAGAAACUAAGAUUAUGGCCAGACCUAGACCUUUUCAUUCCAAUAAUUUUGUGAUCAGCUCAGAUUUUUAAAAAAGUUCAGUAUCAUUAAAAGUAUGAUUGCAUCAGCUGCCAGGAAAUUCAGUUGUGAAAACAGAGUACUCUUCUCAUAUUCUUUAUGAAACUUUUAAUAAUACCGUAUUUUCUACAUGUUUAUAGUCUGCUAAGCAUAAAUGUGUACUUUCACAAAGCUCAUUAACAACACCCCCCACAAUAUUGAGAAAGAAUAGUUAUUGAAAUUUCCUUCCACAACAUAUAGGAGUCAGCAUUAGGUUCAAAACCAACAGAACUGUGAUCACCAGCAAAAUACUGUAAUAUUAAAAGGCAUAAGUAAAGUUCAGGUCAUAACAGCUUCUAAAACACUUGUUAGAGGAGACCAGCAGAAAAGUGAAAAACCAUAUUGCUAUUAUAAACAUUUCUUGAUUUUUUUUUUGUAUUGAGUGCCACUGAAUGAUACCAAAGACUAUAGCAUUUUGGAACCGAAUCUAUGAUCUCAUCCGUAUGUAAAAAUGGAAAUUGAAUAAUCUUUCUAAUAGGUAAUCUGAAUCUUGUCAUUUACCUUCAUAUCACUUGAAUUUGCUUAAAAUUAGUUGCUCUCAUGUGGAUUAUUUAACACAAAUUUCAAAUAUGAAUGUUGAAAUGUAAGCAUUCUUCUCUAAAAAUAAACACUUCAGAAAUAUUAAUUGCAAUUAAGUCAACAUUCACAAAAUUAAUUAAUAUAGAUAAUUGUCAUCAUUUGUAAAAAUGGGUAGGAAAUUACAAAAUAAUACUUUGCUAUCAUGUUGAAAUAUUUCUUCACAUGAAAUUGUUUUGCUGGUAUGCAUGUAUAAGCAUAGAAGUUAUGAUCCCAAACCAGUUAUGUAUCCCACUUACAAUGCAAUAAGCUUAGUUGCACUGAUAUAAUUGAAAAUCUGACAAACUUAGAGUGAGAUCUUUGUAUUUGUAGGUAAUCCUUUGUGAAUACAGCUCCCUCUCCCCUUCAUGCCUCCUAUAUUGAAUGUAUUUUGCUUUGGCUUCUGAAUAUGCCAGGUGAUUUGUUUAUUUAUAUUGUAAAUUAUGUAAUUACCAGCAAUUUCACCUGAGCAGCAGGAGAAUGUGGUGAGUACCAAAAAUCUAUACCAAGCAUUUAAAUUUAGAGCUGAAGCAUUGUGUGGAAACCUGUCUUUUUAACUUUGAGGGAGAAUGGCUACAAUACAGUGCAUAGUUAGUUAGGCAUAUUUAUGGUGUAGCAUAAAAAUACACAAGCAUGAUUACAUAGCUUGUUUCCAAAAGAUACCAAAUCCAUCUGAACAAAUUUUACUAGAAUAGAAAAUAAACAUGCUGAGGAUAUGCAUUGUUUUCUACAAAAUGCAGUUUUCCAAGCCCUGUAUCAAUUGGUUCUACCUAUCUUCGUGACUGCAUCCCCCCCAUGCUCCUGUGCGAGCAUUAAGAUAUGUCAAGGAGGCCCUCCUUGUGGCCCUGCCACUGUCACAAGCAUGGUUGGUGGGGAUAAGAGAAAGGGCUUCCUUGGUGGUGCCCCCCCAGCUUUGGAACGCCCUCCCCAGGGAGAUUAGAGAGGCCCCACACUGUCCCCCUUCCAGAAGGAAUUGAAGACUUGGAUGUUUGGACAAGCCUUUGAGAAUGUCUAACUCCAUGGUCCACAAUUAAUGGAAGAGCAUUGCACUUUUGUCCCAUGCCCUAGUUCAUGAGCUACCACUUGCACUAUCCUAUUCCUGUUCUUAGUUACGGUUGGCCAUGUUAUAUGACAGUUCUCACCAUAGGUUAUUGGGCGUUGAUUUAAGUUUAAAUCAUUGUUUUAUACGCUAGUGGGUUUUAUCUUUUGUUGUAUUGUGUGUUUAUUUUAUGCGUUGUUUCAGGCACAUUUUGCCCUAUGUAAGCUGCCUUGAGUCCCUUCGGGGAGAUAGAGACAGGUACAAAAAUAAAGUUGUUGUUGUUGUUGUUGUUGCUAUUAUUAUUAUUAUUAUUAAAUACAUUUGAUAGUUUUGAUCUGUACAUAAUAUUGUACUCCUAGGCAACAGUGUGCUGUUGUCUCUAACUCAUUUUUCAAAUUUGUGGGAUUUGGUACCUUUUGGGGGGGGGGGGGAAUCCACAUUUAUGCUGAAUCUUAUAGUUGCACAAGUGAUUGCACAAUGGACACCAAUCCCUUGAACUCACCUGCUGCACCAGAGUAGAACAGAGUUUCUGUAAAUUCCCCAUUCACCAAGUCAAAAAAGAGAGCCGGCUGUGUGCCCACUUGCAGAGCAAUUGGGUUCACUCCAGACUGUGGAUUGAUUUUAUGGGAUGUAAAUAUGUAGGCACUGAUAAUAUCUAGUUUAAAUAUUAACUUGCAAAAUUUAAGGCUAAAAGGUGCUGGUCAUCUAAGUAGUUGUAAUUGAUAACAGUGUCUGAACUAAAGGUGGGUUUAAGUCAACAUUCCUCCUUUUGAGGAAAUUUAUUAUAGCAAUUUUUGGAUGUAAAGCUAAUAUAUUUUGUGUAUUAUAGGACAUAUAUGUGACUCAGUGUUAUUUUAUAAGAAAAGAAGUUGGUUGCAUUGUUGAAAUGACAAGGGAAAUCCAGGAUUUUGUUUACAUUGUAUGAAUGCUUUAUACCGUGUUAUAUUUUAUUAGUUGAAAUGUUAGAAUAGCUAUUUCCAAGACUAGAAAAUAAAAUAGCUGGUGAAAAGCCUGGACCUAGUGGAUAAGGCAUAUUGUUAUUCAGGAAUAUCAUUACUUUUGCUACCACAUGUACCAGAUAGAGCUGUAUGGUUUUGCGACCCUCCCUGUUAAACAUAUAUAGAUUAUUUUGUAGUACUAUUUUCUUAUUUUCCAUUCUCAUUUAACUGUGUAGCCAUACUGUAAACUUGCGCAUUCAUUUUUCUUACAGAACUAAAUGACAAGAUCUGUAUUUUCGAUGUUAUCUCUUGAAUAAAUUGAAGAUCCUAUCAA